AUCCCAGUGGGUGGGAGCUGGAGGCGGGGCUCCCUGAGGGGCGGGGAAGGACUAGGGUGCAGGGAGGGGGUUGCAGAAGGAGCCGAGCGGCUUCUGCUCAAUGGCGGAAAAGCCGCCAGUGCUCUGACUGCCUCGUUCCCCUAGCAGUUGCGGGGGAGUUUCCUGCCGGCGCGGCUGGAGUCUCUGAUUCUCAGGGUUAGGUGGUUGGAAGAUGCUCCAGAGAGACGAGGCUGCGGCGGAGGAGGUGGCGGCGGCCGAGUCGGCAACGGCGCUGGGGUGGAGAGAAGGCAGCAGCGGCGGCGGCGGCGGCGUGAGGGGCCGGGCGGUGUAAACAGCCCCGUAGGCGGCGGAGGCGGUCGGUGGUCGAGACCCCGAGGGGGAAGCGGCGGCUGAGUCAGGGUCGCGCCUCCGUUGGAAACUUGGGUUGAGUACCGCGGCGGGCGCGAGCGAGGCGCCCUAGACAUCUUCUCCCUCCCUUGCCUCAGAUUUAUUGCUAAACAUGGGUGCAUUUUUGGAUAAACCCAAAACUGAAAAACAUAAUGCUCAUGGUGCUGGGAAUGGUUUACGUUAUGGCCUGAGCAGCAUGCAAGGAUGGAGAGUGGAAAUGGAAGAUGCACACACAGCUGUUGUAGGUAUUCCUCACGGCUUGGAAGACUGGUCAUUUUUUGCAGUUUAUGAUGGUCAUGCUGGAUCCCGAGUGGCAAAUUACUGCUCAACACAUUUAUUAGAACACAUCACUACUAACGAAGACUUUAGGGCAGCUGGAAAAUCAGGAUCUGCUCUUGAGCUUUCAGUGGAAAAUGUUAAGAAUGGUAUCAGAACUGGAUUUUUGAAAAUUGAUGAAUACAUGCGUAACUUUUCAGACCUCAGAAAUGGGAUGGACAGGAGUGGUUCAACUGCAGUGGGAGUUAUGAUUUCACCUAAGCAUAUCUACUUUAUCAACUGUGGUGAUUCACGUGCUGUUCUGUAUAGGAAUGGACAAGUCUGCUUUUCUACCCAGGAUCACAAACCUUGCAAUCCAAGGGAAAAGGAGCGAAUCCAAAAUGCAGGAGGCAGCGUGAUGAUACAGCGUGUUAAUGGUUCAUUAGCAGUGUCUCGUGCUCUGGGGGACUAUGAUUACAAGUGUGUUGAUGGCAAGGGCCCGACAGAACAACUUGUUUCUCCAGAGCCUGAGGUUUAUGAAAUUUUAAGAGCAGAAGAGGAUGAAUUUAUCAUCUUGGCUUGUGAUGGGAUCUGGGAUGUUAUGAGUAAUGAGGAACUCUGUGAAUUUGUUAAAUCUAGGCUUGAGGUAUCUGAUGACCUGGAAAAUGUGUGCAAUUGGGUAGUGGACACUUGUUUACAUAAGGGAAGUCGAGAUAACAUGAGUAUUGUACUAGUUUGCUUUUCAAAUGCUCCCAAGGUCUCAGAUGAAGCGGUGAAAAAAGAUUCAGAGUUGGAUAAGCACUUGGAAUCACGGGUUGAAGAGAUUAUGGAGAAGUCUGGCGAGGAAGGAAUGCCUGAUCUUGCCCAUGUCAUGCGCAUCUUGUCUGCAGAAAAUAUCCCAAAUUUGCCUCCUGGGGGAGGUCUUGCUGGCAAGCGCAAUGUAAUUGAAGCUGUUUAUAGUAGACUGAAUCCACAUAGAGAAAGUGAUGGGCAGAAAUGAUGAAGAAAUUGUUCUGAUGGCUUGCUUUUCUGUCCUUUUCCUACUGCUUUAAACAUUAAUUUUCUUUUGUACUAAAUCGUAUAGCCAAUUAUUGUUUUUUUUUUAAGUAAGUCAGUUUUAGGAAAUGCUUGUGUUGCUGUUGAAUUAUAAAAGCUGAGUAAAUUUCAGAUUAAAUUUUAAAUGACUGUGAAAUAAGACAUAAACUAGUUAAUGGUAAUUUGCUUAAAAUGACUUGAGAUUAUAAUUGGAAGUUUUUAUUGAUACAGGUAAGAAUCGAUAUUUAAUAAAAUGUUCUCAUGCUUAGACUAUAUUACUUUUCAGUAGAGAAAUUAGUAUUUUGCUGUAAUGUGUUAUGAAAUACAUGUAAUAUCCUAGUUUGUCUACUGACACUGGGGUCUUGAAUCUUAAAAAAAGGCCUCCGAGGAAGCAGAGGAAAGUGGAUCACAGGGAAAAUUGGUGGAAGCUCUCAGGCAAAUGAGAAUUAAUCAUAGGGGAAACUACCGACAACUUCUGGAGGAGAUGCUGACUAGUUACAGGCUAGCUAAAGUAGAGGGAGAAGAAAGCCCUGCUGAACCAGCUGCCACAGCUACUUCUUCGAACAGUGAUGCUGGAAACCCAGUGACAAUGCAGGAAAGCCAUACUGAAUCAGAAAGUGGUCUUGCUGAAUUAGACAGCUCUAAUGAAGAUGCAGGGACAAAGAUGAGUGGUGAAAAAAUAUGACUUUUCUUUUUGGUAAUAUUUUUGUGAUCUUUGAUGGUUUUUAACUUAGGAAGUGUAAUGUAUGCAUUUAUAUAACCGUUUUGUUAUUUGAAUCUUGGAAAACUAGUUUUAUUAUAUUCAGAUAGCCUUGUUUUUUAAAAAGGCCUUUGCAUACACCUUUAUGAGAUAGUGUAAAAUUGACUAUUUAUAUUAAUGAAAUUAUAUGUUAUUUCACAUUGUAUGCCAGAAAUUAGGAUACCAAUUAUGAAUUACAGUCAGUAGUUAAUACUAGAUAGGAUUAGAAAUUUUGAUUAGAGAGAUUACACUAUAUUAUGGAAAAACUUGUUAAUGUAGAAUUAUACUGCUUCAUAUUAUUUUACCUAUUAGUACACUCAUAGUUAGCUUUGUAAUAAAUUUAUGUUUUCUUUAAUAAUUUUAGUUCUUCAAAGAAUGGCUGAUGCUGGCCUGUAAUUUUUCUUUCAAGGAUAAUAAUUUGUGUGUUGUUUGAUUUGUUUAUAUUUUACAUCUCUGUAGUUUUAUUUUUAGAAGUUGUGAGAUACUGGAUGUGUGGCUAUUUUUCCUUUCUCUGUAUUCUUUAUGAAACAUAACUUUUGAAAAACCUAUGUAUUAUUCAUACAGCUUUGGUUUGUAUAUUCUGUAUAGCCUAACUACACACAUCAAAAUGUAUGUCAACCAAGUGUUUAGAAUGAAAUUAUAAGUGUUUAAGUCCAAAUAAAGCAUGUGAUGUGGAAUAAUCUAUGCAUGUUGUACUUAUUUUUGAAUUAAUUUUUUAAAAACAACCAAGUUUGGUAUAUUGGAAGAAUACCCAUUAGAAAUUCAUUUGUAUUUAUAUAACAUUUAGAACACUUUUGGCUUACCUUUUUUCAUUAAUUAAAAGGAAAGAAGUUUAAUGUUAAAAUAUUUGUGUUACAUACUUAAAUCUAUUCUUUUUCUUAUCCAUCUUUUGUGGUACAAAAUAUUAAUCUUUGGAGAUUAUGGGCACACAUAGACAUGUGAGAAAAUUGCCACAGUGAGCAUUUUAAAGAUUGCAGAAUUGUCCAUUUUGUUACAAAUUUUUAUUAGUUAUUAAUAAAUGGAAUAAUUAUGGGCUGUUUUUAAAAUAGUGGCAGGUGAGAGUUUUUGUUUAAAGGGAUUUUUAAAUUAUAGAUUAGUCACAUGGGGGAAAUAUUUUAAAAAAUUUUUUAUGACUGUAGAACAUUAACUUUUCUUCUUUACAUUUAUAUUUAUAUCAUGUGUCUGAAGUUGCUUUAAGUUACCAUAAAUUGAAACUUUGGAAUCUUUGGAUGUUAUAGCUGAUGUUUUGAUGUAUUUUUCCAAUGCCAGAAUAUUCUUAAGUGCUUUGAGAAAGGAAGGCAUUUGAUGGAGAGGGGAGGAAAAUAACCCAACCCAGUUAUCUAUCUAUAUUAGAUACACGUGUACACACACAAUAUACAAUACACAACAUCUCUCUGUAAAAGUACCCUUUUCAGACAAAGAAAGGAAGGUAACUUGUUCAUCAAUUUUGUUUUCUUUUGAAAUUCAAUCCAGUCUGGAAGUGGUAUAGGUAAAUAAUAAUAUUCUUCCUUUUCUCUUCCUGUAGGGUGCUGGAGAUCUAGAAGACCCAUGGUAGCCUUAAAAACCUUCUAAAAUGCUUUUGAUUCUGAAAAUUGGGGGAAAAAACUUUUAAUCACAAUUUUCUUCAAUACAAGGGGAAAAUAUUCUUGCGGAUUCCCAACGUUUUGUGAUAUGAGCAGAAAAUCAUUAGCAUUUCCCAUCAUUUGUUCAUAUUUGUGUUUUCUGACAGUUGCCACUUGUAGCAUUGCCUGUACUACAGUAUUUUUUGCCAACCUCAGGCAUACUCAUUACAUCUGUAUUGAACUUUUGGCCCUAGAAACCAGUGGAGUUAUUUCACCACAAAUCAACAAUGUGCCUGAGGUGCAUGGGAAAUAUAGUUAGCUAUACUCUGAAAAUACAUUAUGUUUUUUUCUUUAAACAAAACACACAACAUGUAAGCAUGUAAGAGUAAAGAAUUGUAUGAUAUGUUCCUUUUUUCAGUUCACCAAGUUGGAAGCCUUUUGCAGCUCUGUGGCUUGGAAUUUCAUUUGAGCAAUUUCUAUAGGAUAUGUAUUUAUUAUUGAUUGUUAUUUAAUUUUUUUCCAAUUUUACCUGUAUUACCAAACUGGGUUCUCCAAUAAUGUCCAAAUUGUAAUGUUGCCUUGCUUCAAGAUAAAGUGCAUUUGGGAAUAAUAUUAUAAACCCUUACAAAUUUUAUGCAUGUAUCUACUGCAUCCUUCAACUCUCCCUAGAAAAUCUUUUGAAACCAAAUGGAUUAAUUUAUGGCUAUUUAUAAUUUGCUUUGACAUUUCACUGUUGGAAAUUUUUUAAAGAUGAGAUUUGUCUUUAUAAUGUAAAUUGUGAUUUUUGUUUUACAUGUGGGUUUCUAUAGUUUUAAUUUUUUCAGCUUUUAAGAUACGAGUUUUGUGUAAUUUGGUAUUUUUAAUCAUUUAUGUUAUUUUAAAAGCUCAGAAUAUCACAUUGAAAUUACUAUAAAUACAUUUAAAAUUAUCUAUUUUAGAUCUAAGGAAAUAUUACAGAGAUAUUUUCAUGGGUUCAGUAACUUUUCAUUUUAUAACAUUGGGCACGGUACAGAGUGGCUGUCACAUAAGGUACUUGAAGAUUUAUUAGUUUAAUUCUAUUUUUACAGUAACCUUGAAUUCUUCUGAGUUUUGCAUGUAUUAAAUUCAAUUAAUGCUGAAUAUGAAGAGUAAAGUAUUUAUCUGAAAGAAGUUACUGGGUUAGGAGAAGUAACGAAUGUAUCCGUUUGUACAUGGUUUACAUGUUGUGGAUGCUUUGUAAACAUUUUCCUAUAUGUUUAAAUUGUGUUUCAGCAGGAUGUAAUUGCCCUUGUGUAUAGUUAAAAUGAGUCAUCAUCUGGUCCUGUGUGAAAUGGAAUUCAUGGUAUUUUCUGUAACAUUUUCCUGAAGCUGUUUCUGGAGAGCCACACGUUUAAAUACAGACAGCUUUCCUGAUCAUUUGAUUUCUUGUGCACCUGAUUUUUGGUUUAAAAGGAAUUAUUGCCACAAUAUAUUUUAUUUAUUCUUUAGAUUUUAGCCUUGUAAGUUAAAGUGCUUUACAUGAUGAUGUGAAAAGCUGUUUGUCCCUUUACUGGGUUUGGGGGGUUGUUAAAAGAUAGGGAAUGAAGAAUGCAAAAUGGUUUAUUGUUCAAACUGUCCACUCUGAUCCAACCCUGUACUGAUAGUACUUUCCAGUAUGAUAUUGUGAUGUUUCAUACAAUGCAGUGAACAUAACCAACUUGUUACCUAAAUAAAGAAUUGAUAAAAACAGUGUGACAUAUUA